UAUGAGACAUUCAACACCUUUGAAAUCAUAAUCUUAACAUCAUAAAUGUGGCAAAUUUAAUAAUCAAAUUUAACAUCGUAGCACACAAGAAUAAGAUUUAUUUGUUAAAUAUAAUAAAUUACUUAAAUAACAUGCUCAAUCUAUCACUUAAAGAUCUUAGAUUAUUUAAGCAAGUCAAUAUUUAUUAAAAAGUGGAUUUGCAAACAAUCCAAAAAAAACAAGAAAUACAUUAAAUGUUAUUUCUGAUAUUUGUAAUGCUUAGCAAUAGAAAGUUUCUUAAAGAAAUAAAAGUCUAGGUAAUAGUUCAAAAGUAGCAGGAACUAAUUCUCAAAAUCAAAUAAUCUCAAAUAAUAAAUCAGGACCUCACAAAAUUAUAUCUGAGACAUCUAAAACUAAUGAAGCUAUUCAAAGAUUACUUAAACUUAAAUGA